AAGUAAGUACCUAUGCCGAUAACAUGUCGAUGUACGCGAUCAGGUCCAAGUUCAGCAGGCUCAGGAUAAUGACGCAAAACCAAACAACCGAGCACUUCACAGCAUUCUUGUUGUUUUCCGUGUUGGUACAAAAAGGCUGAGGCUUUGACCACUAUAUUGCCAUCGGUACUGAUGUAAAAAAGUAUGACGUCGCAAAUAAGUACUAGCAACCUGACGUAUGAGUCCCUGGGUGCGCAAUUGGUCCGCGAUGCCGCGGCUGCGAACCUGGCCGACCCAAUUUUGCGGCACCCGGACACGGGGGCCACGGUGUUCAUCGGCAGCGAGCGCGCGGCCAAAAGCGAGCCGCUGCUGAAAGCAAAGAAAAUCUCGCGGAUCGUCAAUUGCCAGGGCAGCCGGGGCCGCAACUUUUUCGAGCACGAUCCGUUUUUCCAGUAUUACCGGUUUGACGUUUCGGCCUUUCACGACGUGGACGAUAUCGUCGAGGAGAGGGCAGUGUGGAAUGUACAUGUGUCUCGGUCUGGAAGUAGAUUGUUUUGAUGCGAGGUUUCUUUGUCAUGCAGGUUCUCCAUGGUGCCCCUCCCCGUCCCCCUUGAGGCCUCGAAUGCAGGAGGCAGGAGAAGUGUCACAGACUUUACGAGGUCUUUACAAUGCCAAUUGAAUUUUUGAAUAGGCCCGAUUCCGCAUGAGUAGAAACUUCGACGUCCUAGCAAGUUGCCCGAACAAGAAGUGAGCAGCUUUAGUUGGCAAUGAUGCAACGAACGCAGUUUUCUGCUUGAUGUCGCGCAGUACGCAUCACAAGUCCCGACCUAGACAAUUUUGCAGUGGAUAAGCAGGGGACAAGGCUUUUCAGUUCUUCCAGCCCGUGUUCCGGUUCAUCGACCAGGAACUCGUAUCCUACAGAAAAGUACAACAUGAUCCAUACGCGAAAAAAAAUAAAUUUGUGUUCUUACGGUCCGUUUCAGUGUCCUACUGGGUUGCGCUCAUCUGCUGCUUUCAACCUGCUUUGUUACGCCUAGGCACUUAUGGCUAAACCGCAUUUUUGCGCAUGACAGAAAAUUGCCUGUCUCAUCAUGGUCCUCUCCGCACCACUCAGCCUUCAGUGAGAAAACAGACUGUUUUUUUUUUCUUCUAUGGGUGUAGUAAGUACCCCUCUGUAGGAUCGAUAAAUCGCCGCUGGAAACUCGGUUUUGAUCCACUGCCUCGCCGGGGCGCACCGUGCGGGCUGCACUGGGGUGGCGUACUGCAUCUGGAACUGCGUGCAAAAAUUGGCUCUUGCCGGGGAACAUGAUGAACAUGUUGCAGCAGGUGGUCGUGGUGGAAUAGAAACUACUACCCAGCGAAAAAUCUUUCCAAUGGUGGACCACGAUACUGGUACGACCAAGGCGAUUGAGCUUUCCGUCCGCACGGCAGGGGCCUUUACGGUGGAAAAACAAAAAGAGCAAACCGAAAGAACACCAGGAAGAAGUGUAGUUGUCGAACUGCACCAAGAUGAAAUAGAAAUAAACCCAGCACAGAAUAUUUUCAAACCGGAACUGUCGGAAAAGGUCUUGCACUACGUACAGGCCUUAUCACAGUGCACAAGAACUCCCGCUCGUUCUCAUUUCUCGUGCAAAAUCCCAAAUCCAUAUCUUAUCCAGUUGCUUCCUUGUGUCACUAUUAUAUGCAUGACAAUAAAUUUCGGAAGCCCAAACAGUACUACAUCAGGUACAUGAAUUUGUCAUGCAUAGGAUCCAUGUGCGCUGGUGUUUGUAUUGCUGUGCAUGCAACACAAAUGACGUGGAGGGGGAGUUCUUGUGCACUUUUAUAGGCCUGCCGCCCAGUAGUGGAUCCGAUCGGACGCAUGAGAGAGCUGCUGCACGCGCUGGAACGUGGCAUUGCAAGCCAUGUCGCGAGGGAAAGAGGAUAACGAUAAACUUCAUUUUACACAGAAGACUGCUGCUCAAAAUAUUCUAUUCAGGCGAGUUGAUUUCAAUUUCUCAGUGACGAAUGGGUGCAGAAUAGUACAUCAUUUUUGGAGCAGAACUGCAGUGCUGGAAGGGCAAAACGUCUUCCUGGGACGCAUCGCAAAAACCAAUUGUCUUUCUGACAUUUGUACUUACUAAAAGAACAAUGAAGACUGACGUCGGAAAAAGAAAGAGAAGUACU